AUGGCCCACGCGGUCGCGCACGCUGCCCGCACCCACCGACCCGCCACCGUCGGCAGCGCGUACUUCCGGGUUGCAGCUCAAGGCCCCCCGCAGGUGCGCUCCGCCUCUCCCGGGCCUGCAGGAAACUUCAAGACGCAAAGCGGCGAGAGCGCGGCGCCCCGGAGGCGGGGUUCCGUCGCGUGGGCGGGGCGGGAAGGCCUGCAGGCCCGCCUCCCGUCCCGCCCCCGGCGCACCCCGCGCGCGGGUGACUGGUGGGACUGGCCCCAGGGGCGCACCCCGCCGCCUCAAACCUGCCCGGGAAGAGCGGCUUGCGUCCCGGGCGCGGCGGCCCACCCCAGCCUCAGGUCCUUGAUUUUCCCAUUUCUGAUCCGAGGAGGGAAGCCUACACCAUUGUACUCAUGUGUAAUUGCAUUCAUAUUCUGUACCUUUAAUGGCUACUUACAAAGCAGAUACUUAAGCGAAUAUGCAGUGUAUGCUGUUGACUGGGUCACUGACCCCCGAUUCCUAACAGGUUUUGUCUUGUGGCUGGUAGGCAUGCUGAUAAACAUUCACUCUGAUCACAUCCUGAGGAAUCUCAGGCAGCCAGGGGAGACUGGAUACAAAAUUCCAAGGGGAGGCUUAUUUGAAUACGUAAGUGCAGCCAACUACUUUGGAGAAGUGGUUGAGUGGUGUGGCUAUGGCCUGGCCACCUGGUCUGUUCAAGGCGGGGCUUUCGCUCUGUUUACAUUUUGUGUUUUAUUCACGAGAGCACAACAGCAUCAUCAGUGGUACCUUGAGAAAUUUGAAGAUUAUCCAAAAUCCAGGAAAACUCUAAUUCCAUUUUUGAUUUAAGUCCAUUAUCAGUGGAAUUAUCUUCAACUUGAUGUUUUUUUUAUAAUGUUUCUCUAGGGAUUAUAUAAAUGAAUUAUUUCUUUGUCAUUUUCCUGCUACUUCAUCUUUUCCAAGAUUUACCCUAGGAAUUGUUUUCCUAGUAAAUUUGUAAGCUACCUAAUAACUUACCAGUCAAACUGAAAUGCAGGUUGAAGUAUUCUACUGCAUACCAGGGUAGGACUCUGGAGCUCUGGGUAAUGACUGCUGACCAUUUCUCUGAUUUUGGACUUUUGGUUACGUCCAGCUGAAUGUGCACAAGACCAGAAUGUACACACCAUCUUUGAAGACCUUUAUGGACCAAAACCUUCCAUUAGCCCUUGUACAAUCCCAUAGAACAGUUCUGACAAGAUCAAAGGCAAUGUUGUCCCUUCUCCCAUAGAGGCAUGAUCUGUCUUCUGGCUUCCUCUCAUCCCACUGGGUACCCACAGUAUAGUCAGGGACUCAGGGAAAUGCACGGCCUCUCCCUGCUGGGUGCUGUGCAGGCAGAGAACUUGGGAAUGGAGAAAGGAGAUGUCUGAGGCCCAGCUGAGGCCUGGACAAAAGGCACCUGCCACUGUUCCAGCCUGGCCCACCAGGUGACUGCGCUGGCAGGGCAGGAUGCAGAGAUAUUUAUAAGGAGCAAGCUACUCUGUCCCCCACAAAAGGACUUUGUGGAGGUGUGAGGGUGGGAGUAGGCAGGUGCAGCAGGGCAGUCGCCACCUUCUGCACAUUCCCGUCUCGGGUCACUCGCCGUAAACCAUCAUUAUUCCCUGGCCUGAGAUGUUUUUUCUAAGUUCCAGAUAGAUCUAGAAAUUCUUUUAUUAUUUUUUUUUUUGAGAGGGAGAUAGAAAAACAUUGAUGGAAGAGAAACUGAUCAGCUGCCUCCUACACGUACCCUGACCUGGUAUCAAGCCCACAACCAGGGCAUGUGCCCCAAUGGAAUCAAACCAGUGAUCUUUUGAUGCAUGGAGCCACACUCAACCAACUGAGCCACACUGACCAGGGCUAGAACUAGAAAUUUUGAAGACACUUUUUUUAAAGUACCUCUCAACAUUGCAAAAUGAUAUCUUGAAGCAGAAUUUCUUGUUUAAGAUGCAUUUGAAGGUUCACUAAUAUAAAUGGCAGUGAACAAAAAGAUGUACUACCUACCAGCCAGCAUGGCUCAGUGGUUGAGCGUAGACCUGUGAACCAGGAGGUUAUGUUUGGAUUCCCAGUGAGGGUAUAUGCCAGGUUAGGAGCUCAAUCCCCAGUGUGGGGCGUGCAAGAGGCAGCCUAUCAAUGAUUCUCAUCAUUGGUCUUUCUCUCUCUCCCUCUCCCUCUCUCUUAAUCUCUGAAAUCAAUAAAAAAUAUAUAUAUUUUUAAAUGUACUACUGGGCCAGAUAUUUAAAAGGAAUCUCCAACUAGAAAGCUGUUCACUGUCUGUGAAAAUCUAAUGAACUGGUAAAGGUCCCCUCCCUUGUCCCUUGGGGCAGUGCUGCCUCAGUUGCUGCCACAUUUGCAGAGGUGAAAACCAAAAGAGAAGUGGAAAAGAGAUCCACUUCUGAUCUGCUUACAGUGCUAGGUUCCGGAGUCCUCCAGGACACACCUGAAGUGGUGUCCUGUCAGUUUACUCACUGCUGCCCCCCAUCUCUCCAGACCCUGGUACCCCAUCAGCUCCCCCACCUUUCCCCUCGCUCACCUACCAAGUAGGGCCUCCCUCCCUCAUUAGUUUUCAUGUAGAAACUCUGUUCUCCAUGGGCUUUUGGAGUCCCUUAGGGGUUUAGAAUUACACAGACAUUAAAUGAACUUUGGCUCCUUUUCAGACCAAAUAAUUACUUGAAACUAUAAGCAAUAAAUAUUUGGGAUCUCAGGAAAACCCCACUAGCUGAGCCAAUCUCGAUGGAUUCGGGCCCCUGUGUUUUGGAAGGCGCAGCUGGGCAGAAGAUGUGUUCAGAGCCAGAGAAGCUCCUUGUGAGGAUUACUUCUAAGUGCUGCUAUUUGAUUGGAAUGGUCCACGUGUGCAGAAGUUUGGCUUAACUCAAGAUCUGAUCAGAAUUUCUGCUUUCCUGGCACACACUGGAUGGAUGACUAACAUGGAAAGAAAUCCUGUUCUAUCAUGUUGCUUUGCCCUUCAUUUCCUUGCAGCUUAGGAAAUCAUCUUCAGUCUUUCUGUUAAUUAUACUAAUUAAGGAGAUUAAUAAAAUUUCUGUCAAAAGUC